CAUAACAUUUUCAUUUAGAAUUGGUUUACUAUAAAGAAUUAGACCAUAACAUAACUGCACUUGCUAAUAUUUGAGUUGUUUUUUUGGAAUUGCAGCAACAAGAGUGUCUUAUCCAGGAUCCAGGAUUUCUGCAGCAUUGAUAAAGAUUCACCCAACUACCUUGACCAUGUAUCGGAACAAGUGUACAAAUACAGGGGGCAGACUGUGCCUCUGGAGAAGCCAGCAGGGUAUCCAAUGAGAAUUGGGGGGCUAGAUGACACAAUCUAUGCAGAAAUGGAGGAUGAGCUUAAAGCAUGGGAAGAUUUCUACCUUCCUGAAAGAGUAGAGAUGAGAGUUAUCGGUGCCAUUGAUACCUUCCCGAGUCUGGCUGUGGGGCUGCAGCUGAUCAUUGUGGCAGGCAGAGAUGGCAACGUCUAUGCGUAUGAAAAUGAGGUGUUGCACCAAGUGGCUGACAGCUUGCAGGACCUCUUCGAAAAGGGAAUUGAGUUUCCUGGAACCAAAGUCUACAACUAUGGGGAAUGUUUUGCUCCUAUGACGGAAGAAGAAUACGAUGAAUUAAUGCAGGAUGAAGAAGUAAAGAAAAUGAAAGAGGAGACCAGAGAAUUCAUCAAAAGCAAUGAAGCAGAAUUUCUGAGCAUACUGGCCCGCAUUGAAGAAAAAGAGAAUGCAGAAAAGGUUGCGUCCAAAGAAGUUGUGCCUUCUAACCACCACCGCCCCAAGAGUGUAGUAGUUCAGUUGUGGAAGCAUGCAGAUGAAUCGUUCAUAUUUCAUUUAAGUGAUGCCUAUUAUGAGAUGUGGUGCAAGAUCUUCCAGCUGCUAGGGCUGACACGUGAAGAGAUGAAAAGUAAGGGGACUUGUAGAAAGCUGAGGCGCGUUUCAGAGCUCUUCCAUGUGCCGCACAGACUCUCCUCUUGAGUACAUCCUGAUUUUUAAAGUCAGUGUCUUUGGUCCUGAAAAGAGAAUUGUCCCACAACUGCAAAUGGCACCCAAACAGUUACAUGUUAAUGGCCAAUGCAGGAUGAGUAUUUUUGAAGAGUAUUCAAUAGAUUAUCAAAGGGCUUGCUCAACUCUAAAGAAAACUUGAAUCUUAAUUCACAAUAUUCACUUUGGGUGCUUUGGUCAAAGAGAAAUUAUUACAUUUUACCGUAAGACCAGCACUCACUUUAAAUUUACCAAAAGAUUUAAGACAUUUUUUUGCUUUUUUUGAAUGGCAGCUAUGCAAGCACAGACAGACACAUUGUGGCUAGAUGCCUUCCUCAGAGUGCAUUCAAACAAACUUAAUUACAUUUUUAUACAACUGAUUGGUAAUUUAUUAUAAUUUGUUAAUUUGCUCUUAAAGGGAAGGUCAGCAUUACAAGAAAACAAUGUACAAAAGAAAAACAAGCUAUUUUUAUUUCUGUAGUUUUAUCGUAGUGUUUGCUUUCCUUUUUGAAGAGCAAAUUAAUUAAUUUAAAUUAUCACCAAUCAAUUACUGUGAAGCCAUAAAUAUUUACGAGCCUAUAAUGGUGUAUUUUUCACAUAUGAAAAAAAAAAAAAAAAGGCACAUCGUUGGCGCCAAUAACAAACUCCACUAACAAUACAUACUUCAUAUGUUGCAACAGGUAGCCAACAUUUCUGGAGCAAAAUAGGUUUUAUGGGCGUGAUUUGCAAAAUAUUUUGGUCACAAAUAUGUAUGACUUUACAGUAUAUAAAAAAAUAAUUCAUUUUGCUUGACACACCGAAGAAGGCAUCUAGCUGCAAUGCAUUUGUGCUUGCUUGUCUCCCAUUUUUUAAAGAGUCUAAAAUGAAUAUAUAAAUAAUUUCCUGUAUUAUUGAAGAGAGGACAGUAAUCUAUUCAGCAAACCAAGAUAUAGCAUCAUCCGUACCCUGGAAACAAUAGUCAGGAUUCUGAAGUAAAACUUAAAAGAAACCAAGUCAGGUAAACAGUUGUUUGGCUUAAGCCUAAUGUUUAUUAACUUUGUUUCUUGUGUAAGUUUUACCCAAGGUGUUAAACAGAAAUACGAGUGGGAUUGUCUGCAGUUCCGUGCUGCUACUGUUCUAAAGACGUAUGAAGGCAAAGUUGACAUGCCACCUAAAGCAGCGAGAGGGAAGGGUGUGCAAGAUUGCAAUUCAGAAAUGGGCAGAGCCAAAAGUGGGCUGGGCCAGUCCCAAAACCUGAAGCUGGAAUUUUAUAUCUGGUUUUGUCACUCAUUUCCGAAUCAGAGUCCUGCACUACCCCAUUGAAAACCAAGGCAUCAAAUCAAUACAUACAGUAAGCACUGGUCCCCCUGCUGAAGGGAUUAAGAACAUUUUAUUCUUUGCUUACUUUGUUUCUUUAAUUUGAAGACACCCAGAGUUUUUCAAGACACAAAAAAAUAUGAAUCGAUUAGGGAUCCAGUGAUAUUGUUGGCAAUGCUCGAAGCUUAGAUAUAUUUAAAAGCCAAGGUUAGCACUUUUUGAAAUAUACAGUUGUGUUCAAAAGUUUGGAAA